CCUCUCAAGAAAGGUUGGGCACUUUUGCUAAACAAACACGUAGGCAAUAUGGGCAGUGUUGCCAAGUCCGCGGUUUUCCCGCAGAAUUGGGCUACUUUAACACUCUCUCCUUGGGAUGUUUUUCAUGUCCACGGGUUGAAGCGACCCCAGUAACAUGAUAUUUAGCCCCAGGAAUGCGACUUUUGUCAGGGGGACUCCGCCAAAAGACGUGUAUUUUACCCCAACGGAAGGCGAUUUUUUUUUUUUUUCACUAAAAAGUGAUUGGGCUAAUUUUGGGCUAGUUUUGAGUAGCAAUUGGGCGGGGUUUGCUAAGAAAACCUGGCAACCCUGAAUAUGGGCGAACCAUGGGUUCAAGUUUUGUAACUUUAGACUACCUACGUUUAUUUUGUUUAAAUAUGCGAGAACGAUCGCGAUAUAAACCUUUAAAAUACUUUGCUGUAGCUGGAUUAAUAACACUUGUAGUUAUCCUCGUUUUUAGCAGCACAAUACGGCCGUCUCUGCUGAAGAAGACUCCAGCACCUAAAGAGCUCUAUGGCGUGAUCUCACCAUCAACAUACAAAUUCCUUCUGAACCAGCCAGAACUGUGUGAGAAGAAGAGUCCCUUCCUGGUUCUUAUGAUCCCAGUGACUCUCAAAGACACAGAGGCGAGGACUGCUAUUAGAAGGACAUGGGGUCAAGAUGGCUUGAUUUCUCUUGUGACCAUUUUGCAUUUGUUUGUCAUUGGUCAGCCAGCACAAAGUGACCCAGUACUGCAGGAGCACCUUGAGAGGGAGAGCAAGGAAUAUGGGGACAUCAUUCAAAUGGACUUUGUGGACAGCUACCAUAAUCUCACCAUCAAGACAAUGAUGAUUAUGAACUGGAUAGCCACUUACUGCCAGGGUGCCUGGUACGCCAUGAAGAUCGAUGCAGAUAUCUUUCUCAAUGUGCGUUACCUGGUGGACUACUUGCAUGACCAGAGCAAAUCCUCAAGGAAAGACUACAUUACUGGAUCAGUCAUCUCAGAUGCUGUUCCUCACAGGGACAGCUUCAACAAAUGGUACAUCUCAGAGGAUCUUUACCCAGAUUCCUGGUAUCCUCCGUACGUGUCUGGAGCCGCAUAUGUCUUUUCUACUGACUUGGCCAGAAAAAUAUCCUGGGCCUCUAGAUUUGUGCGACCGAUUCCACUCGAAGAUGUCUAUGUGGGGUUGUGCCUACACGUCCUGGGUGUAAAACCAGUUUAUGCAACAACAUUUCUGGGAUUUAGGAAUCUUUUUGAGGUGCGCAAACUGAAGUAUGAAAGGUGCACUUUUGCCAAGCGCAUAAUAGUGAAUGGCUUUAACCCACAGAAACUUCUCCACAUUUGGCAUGACUUUCAGAAGUCUUAUUUUACAUGUUGAUACAAUUGAAAUAACUAAAAUUGUUUUUGAAGUACCUUGAAGCUGCUAAAUUAUGUGUAGUAUUUGCUAGUACCAUUCCUUUAACAAAGUUCACAUCAUUGAGAUCCAGCACUGUAACACAUGCGAGGAGGGAGAACAAAAUAUUGUUCAAGAACACAAGGGGGAAUAGACAGCUGUUGAGGUGUGGUAUGUAGAAAAUAAUAAAUAUAAGAGAAAAAAAUCAAUGAGGUGGAGGAAGGUAAAUAAAUAAAUAAAUAGGUCAUGUGGAAGUGGAAGAGGUUAUGUAAAACACUUUCUUAGAUAAACUAUUACAAAUACAAUUUUUUAAUACUGGCUGUGGGCCACAGACCUCAGGUAUUAUAAGUGAUCUCUCACCUAUUUCAUAGUGUUUUGAUUCUUCUGCCUCCUGGAGGAUGGCAGAAAAAUACAAACAGUUUGAAUUGCGUGAGAGGGGUCACUUAUAAUACCUGAGGAGGGAGGAUUGGAGUCCUUAAGAAGAGGAGAUAGCCUACUGCUGUGAUAUGUUCUGAGAUACUGCUGUGAUAUUUUUCUUUAUAGUGUGAAUCCGGAUAAAUAGCAAUCUCUUUCAUCUGUUUUCAAUGAUUAAAAGGCAGCUUACUGGCUCUAUUAUGUGUCCACUACUUUGAAUGUUGAAAUCAUAGCUGCCCUUACAGAUACAGUGCCCUCCAAAAGUAUUGGAACAGUGAAGACAAAAUUGUUCUGUUGGCUGUGGAGUCAAGACAUUUGCAAAUAUGAUGAAAAGAUGAAUAUGAGACAAAACUACAGAAUGUCACAUUUUAUUAUUAGCCGUUUCAACACAUACAUGUUUUACCAAAUAAAAAGAACAGCACUUUUAGAGUUCAUCCCACUCAUUGAUGUGAGCAAAAGUAUUGGGACAGCUGAACAUAAGGCAGAUGUAAAAGAUUAAAAGCUAUUAUUUAGUUGCAGAUUCCUUGCGCACAACCACAGCAGUGAGUCUGUGACCCAUAGACAUCACCAGACUCUUGGUCUCAUCCUUUGAAAUGCUUUUCCCAGCUUUUAAUGCAGCCAAUUCCAAUCGUUGCUUGUUUUGAGGAGUUUCUGCCUUUACUCUCCUCUUCAGCUGGUGAAAUUCAUGUUCAAUCGGAUUUAAAUCUGGAGAUUGACUUGGGCAAUCUAAGACUUUCCAUUUCUUUGCCUUUAUAAAUUCCUUGACUGAACUGACAGGGUGUUUUGGGUCAUUGUCCUGAUGCAAUAUGAAGCACUUCCCAAUGAAUCUGGUGGCAUUUUCUUGUAUAUUAGUAGGCAAGAUGGUUUUGUACCCUUCCAAAUUCAUUCUGCUACUGUCAUCAUGCAUUAAGUCAUCAGUAAAGUUGAGAGGGUCUGUUCCAGAGGCAGCCAUGCAUGCCCAUGCCAUGACACCACCUCCACCAUGCUUUACAGAUGAGGCUGUAUGCUUGGGAUCAUUGCAGUUCCCUUUUUUUUCUCCACAUUUUUGCUUUCCCAUCACUUAGAUAAAGGUUCAUCUUUGUCUCAUCGGUCCAUAAACACAGUUCCAAAACUCUUCUGGCUCACCUUUGUGCUUUUUUGCAAACUCUAAUCUUGCCUUUCUAUUUUUGGAGCUGGUCAGAGGUUUGUAUCUUGCUGUGUAGCAUCUGUAAUUCUGUGUCAAAGUCUCCUGAAGACAGUAGAUUGUCAGAGCAUCAACUACUUUUGUUUUCUCAGCCGAUCAGGUCGUUGUUGGUUGCUGGUGGUUUCCAAACUCUUGAUUUCUCCAUGCCCUUUGUUUUUGCUAGAGCUCUAUCUGACUUCCUCUUUUCUUUUAGCAUCCAAAUUGCUUGCUUUUCUCUCAAACUCAGCUCACUCAUCUUCAUCCUGGUUUGUGUGUGUCAUCAUCGAAUGCAGAAGUAAUGAAUAUAACUGAUACGACUGCUUUUAAUAUCUGAAGAAUUAAUGCAACAGGACACAGCUGAUCACUUAGAAAGACCUGUGAGGCAAUUGUUCCAAUACUUAUGCUCACGUCAGAUAGAGGGAUGAAACUCUAAAAGUGCUGAACUUCUUAGCUGGUAAAACAUCUGUGUGUUGAAUCACCCAAUAAUAAAAUCUGACAUUCUGUAGUUUUGUCUCAUAUUCAUCUUUUAAUCAUAUUUGUAAAUGUCUUGACUCCACAGCCAACAGAGCAAUUUUGUCUUUACUGUUCCAAUACGUUUGGUGGGCACUGUAUAUCAGCAGGUUAUUUUAUUAACCAGAUUGCACUAUUUGAACAAAGCAUGAUAGAGCUUUAGGCUCUUUUCUUUCUGCACUGAAGUUGCACAUAUCAUUAUAAAAGAAUUAUUUACCACCCACGUAUGAUCUUUAAACAAUAAACAUGUUAUUUUUGAUGGCGAAAAAUGUUUGUUUCUUCCGUGUAUUACAUUUUGAGAUGCUGGUGCGUGAUUUAAACAGAAGGGGGCGCAGUUUCCCUAAAAAUAGCGAGUGGAGGAAACGUAGCGCUCCGAGUGGAUAUUUAGGUUAGUUCUGGUAAGAGAAUAUUCAUUUAAAGA